CAGUGAUUCUCAAUAUCUCCACCUGUCACCCACUUCCCAGAUGACCGACAUGUCGUUUAUCAAUGACAUGAAACCGGCAUGUCGUUUUACACAUCAUCUGACCUAAAAAUAUGACUUCUAUUACCUUCUCUCGUUCAUAUUUUCUUUACCACAAAUCUGUAGCCCGAACGAGUACAGCAAUGGGUGUCAAGAUCGGGGGGCAAAUAGAGAAAGUGAAUGGGAAAGAGCUGACUUACGGUGAGUUUGUUGAGAACUAUUUGGUAAAGAACCAGCCAGUGGUGUUAACGGGUUUAAUGGAUGAUUGGAGAGCUUGCAAAGACUGGGUCACUCAUAAUGGUCGGCCUAAUCUUCAAUUCUUCUCUACCCAUUUUGGAAAAUCCAGGGUUCAGGUUGCGGAUUGUGGUACCAGAGAGUUCACCGAUCAGAAGAGAGUAGAGAUGUCUGUUUCGGAGUUUGUGAAACAUUGGAUUGAGAAUUCUACUCAGGAGGGUUGUGAUGUUUCCAUCAGUGAGCCGAAUGGCAUGCCCGUGCUGUAUUUGAAAGACUGGCAUUUUGUCAAGGAGUAUCCAGAAUAUGUAGCGUACAGAACCCCACUGUUUUUUUGUGAUGAUUGGCUCAAUCUAUAUCUCGACAAUUAUCGUAUGCAUAAGGAUCCUGAUACUUAUCAAAAGGAUAAUGAAAUAAGUUGCUCUGACUAUCGUUUUGUUUAUAUGGGAGCAAAAGGAUCUUGGACUCCACUUCAUGCUGAUGUUUUCAGAUCUUAUAGUUGGUCAGCAAAUGUAUGUGGGAAGAAAAAAUGGAUAUUUUUGCCUCCUUCUCAGUGUCAUCUUGUGUUUGAUAGGAAUUUGAAAAACUGCGUGUAUGAUAUCUUUGACAACGUCAAUGAAACUAACUUUCCUGGUUUUAAGAAGGCUAUCUGGUUGGAGUGCACUCAAGAACAAAAUGAAAUCAUCUUUGUUCCUAGUGGGUGGUAUCAUCAAGUUCAUAAUCUUGAAGAUACAAUAUCCAUAAACCACAAUUGGUUCAAUGCCUAUAACCUUUCUUGGGUGUGGGAUUUAUUAUUGAAGGACUAUAGUGAGACCAAGGAGUACAUAGAGGAUAUCAGGGACAUUUGUGAUGAUUUUGAAGGUCUCUGCCAACGUAAUCUUGCAGCUAACACAGGUAUGAACUUUUAUGAUUUCUUCGCAUUUGUAUCACGCAUCACCUUACUCAAUGUGGUCCAACUUUUCCAACUACUUAGAGACUCAGAGAAUCCAAUUUGGAGCUCAUCCCCAAUAGCUCAACACUUAGCUUUGAACCUUGUAUCCAUAGGGAAGAUUGCACUGAAAAUGAAGUGUGUGGGUGUCCCAUCAGGAAAUUUUGGAUUUUUGGUGGAUGUGAGGGAAACUUUAGAUGAUCCUGAGUUUUUUAAACUCUGCAUUGGUUUUUCCAGAACAUAUGAAAUGGUACACAAACUACAAAAACAGAGCUGUGAGUCAAAGAAAUCUUUGAUGGUUGAUCUUGAGGGUUAUGGUUAUUUGAUUUCUACUCCUGAAGAUCUCAUUAAACUUAUAGACUAUGCUACCAGAAAACUCAGUGGCAACUGCUCUGAGGAAAAUAUUUUGCUGCCUAAAUUUGAUGAUGCCCGACUAUGACGCUCUGUUAUUGCUAACGUUCUGCCACAAUUCAACAAACUAUUGAAGUUUUGUAAUGAUGAUAUAUUGAUAUCCAUUUUUGUGGGUGGGUUUGGAAGGGAAGGCCGCCUCACGAUUAGAUUAUAGAUACAGAGGAAGUAUUGAAUCAUAAACAAAUUGAGGUUCAGAAAUGGAGAUGUGACUGUAACAGCCCGAUUGUAAUGGCAAAUGCCCAGCUACUUGUAUUUAUUCAGCCAUAUCAGUACAACUUAACCACUUAAAUUGGUUGCUGUAUUAAUUUAUUUUUAUCAGAUCUACAUUUUCAUUCAA